AUGGGGAUGAAAAAUACUAGAGAUGUGAUAAGCCACACUUUCAUGCUGUACGCGUCCUUCACUCUUUCUAGCCCGGCCAGUGAACGCGAAGGAGCUCUUUCUAGCCCGACUGUACCAGUUGUUCACACAGACUUCUGUUAUUCGUUGGUUGAUGAGCCAUCCCGGGAUGGCGUCGAAAGACCACAGGAUGAUUCACCUUUUGAGGAAGCUUUCAGUGUACCAGAAUCUGUAGCAGUCCAGCUCAAGAAGCAUAUGCCUUUCGGAGAGAAUGUGGAACCAGAAGCGUUACCAGAAGUAGCUGUAACUGCCAGCCCUUCACUUUGCGAAGAGGAUAGAAAGACCAAUGAAUUCCUAGAUUUGGUGCAAAAGAGAAGUGUUAGUGAUGGGAUAAGACAUAGAAAGCGGAAGGAAAAGCUUCAACACGAGACAGCGGAGAAUCCAAAGGAUCAAGAGGCACCCAUGAUUUCCCAGAAUAUUUCUUCUGUAAAAAACGUUCCAAUUCUUGACGAUCAGCAAAAAAUCACUUAUCUGGAAGAGG